AUGGGUCAAGAAACACUGAAAGGGCUCUUCGCUGAUUGGCUGAGAAAAAGAAAGCAAAGAAUGGAAUGUGCAGCCCCCAGUAAUGGGGAGUUACUACCUGGAAAGGAUAUUGGUAUAAGAAGUCAUACAACUUCAAGAAUGGAUGGAAGUUCUGAGACUAAUGCAAUGGUUUAUCCUCCGUUUCAAUUCUCAGACAUUUCCCUUCUUUCCAUUAUUACUGAGGGAAGCCGUGGAGGUCAAUGGGGGAAGAAGUUAACCCAUUUAGAUGGUACUGAGGAUGAAAAAGACUUCCCAGGGUGGUUUCUCGAAUGCGUAUUGAAUAAUUCGUUACCUUCUUCUAACGAAAAUACCAAGUAACGUUCAGCCUUCCUGUUGUGUCUGCCAAGAAGAAAACUUGUUUGCAGAUUAUGCCUAUUUUGCAUUUAUUCAUUGUUAGAGCAUGCAAACUUUUAAGAACGAUGCAUAUGAUUGAUACAAGUUGUAAACAUAUCCUUCUGUUUGUAACUUGUAUGAUGAUACUACA